AUGGCUCCGACCAAGAAGAAGAGAAGUCGUCACAAGUGUCCUAGUCCUCUGCCUCUAAAGACUGUCGACUGCUCCCGUUGUGGAGCGCCCAUCAUCAUUCCCAAGCAGUGCAAGCACGGCAAGAAAUUGAUCAACUGUCAAGGCACCGAUUGCUGUACGGCUCACGUCACGGACCACAACAAUCAAUGCCAUUCUCAGAUCACCAAUCCAAGAGUUGAAGACACCUCUGAGGAGACCAAAACACAUGACAAAGAGCACAAACAGCGGAAACUCUUGAGCCUCCUCGUGAUGCAAGAGAUCAAAAAUGUGGAAAGAAUGAGAGGCAAAGAGAUGAGGUAUCUGAAUGGGGUUCCCAAGGCCGAGUUUCUCCGAAAUCUGAAGACAAUGGAUCUGGAGCAGGCAAGAGUGGUGGCUCAGAAGUUAAAGGAGGUUGGAGAGGGUAUCAUCGAUUUGGAUACGGCCAUGUAUGACGAUGAAGAUUCUGGUUCUGAUAAUGACCCAUGCCAGACACCGCCCGAAGAAAAUGAAGCCUGGGGGAAUCCUGGGGAAGAUGAUGCACGGUGCUGGUGA